UUAUCUCCCUCGCCUUUGUGUCUAACUUCUCUCGUCGAUCUUCGAGAAAGAAACAAAGAAACCUUCUUGGUUCUCCUCUCUCUCUCUCUCUCUCUCUCUCCAAAUCAAGAGAGGAUGACGAAAAUCGACUUUCUCCGUCGAUCAAUCUGCCCGUGCUUCUUCUCUAGCAGCCCCGCCACCUCCGCCGCCGCCCCAACCAACACCACCACCAAGAAACGCAUGAGCGUGUCCCUGAGAGACGACAUUCAAGAAGAUCAAGACAAGCAGAGGGAAGAAUCAACAACGACCACAGAGACAGAAGAAGAAGAAGAAGAAAUCGUCAACAACGAUCAUCGUCAACAAUUGCCACCAAGGCCGUCGAAAUCAAUGGUGAUAGGCACCAUCUACGGCCACCGCCACGGACGUGUCUUAUUUUGCAUCCAACACGAUCGUCUCACUUCCAGACCCUCUCUCCUUCUGGAAUUCUCCAUCACCACCAACCAUCUUGUCAAGGAAAUGCAAUGCGGAGUCCUUCGUAUCUCCCUAAAGUGCGAUCGACUCGACAUGAGAACCUACCCAUUGCACUCCAUACCCGUAUGGACAAUGUACUGCAACGGACGUAAGGUUGGUUUUGCCGUGCGAAGGAGGGCAACGGAUAAAGACCGUCAGAUCUUGAAGACCAUUCAAUCAGUAUCUUUUGGGGCUGGAAUCAUUCCUAAUGAUCCCACCGAGGAGGAAAAGAAAGAUGGGGGGGAAGUCAUGUACAUGAGAGCCAGUUACGAGCGAGUCUUGGGUAGCUCUGAUUCGGAGUCGUUUCAUCUCCUCAACCCGGUUGAUUGCUCUGACCAGGAACUCAGUAUCUUCUUGAUCAGGUAGCUGUCUUCCGUCUUCUUGAUUCCAUUUC